AUGGACAAGGGAGCCAGCAUCGCAAAUCCCUAUGCCGGGGUCAAUCUACCUCGAGCACAACUCAAGAGCAGCUUUGUCCGGAACGCUAUUGGCGAGGACCUCGAUGGGGUAGUUAUUACAAACCCCUCAGCAGUACCAAGCUACCCCAGCUACUCGACACCAGACAGGGUGAACAUCCAACCCCCAAUGUCUGCUUCGUGGGAGGGCAACAAAAUCCACACCCAAGAUUCAUGGAGGCGACCAUAUAAUCCAUACGCCUCUGACAAGUCCCAAAAUGGAGGUCACCCAACUUCCAUGUACACCGUUGAUCUGGACAAACAAUACACCUCGGCGCCUCCAAAAUAUGAAGAAAAACCUUGUUGCUGCUAUCCCUGUUGCAAGUGUUGUUCAUGUUGUCGAAAUUCUUGUGUCAUCUCUUAA